UCUUCGCAUCACGCGACUUCACGUGUGUACAUGCACCGUUGGCACGUACGUACACACAUGUCCGGAAAACAGGAUGUGGUUUAUUCGUGUUCCUUCUUUUCGUGUUUGUGUGCAAAUGGGAAGUGUGCAUACACACGUUGCGCCGUGCACUUGUGCCUGUGACUGGAACGACGUCUAUUCAUCCACUUGUCACAUGCAGUUCUCUCAUUGGUGUAUACUCCAUCUGCUCGUUACUCUGUCACCCUUCCCCACUUCAGAAUUUCCUUGGUGCUCCGUUCAUAAAAUAAGCACGAUGUUUACUUCCUGUGUAACGGCACGGAAGCCGUUCCUUCCGACUUUGAUGGAUUUUUUUUCCAAACUCAAAAUUGCAAUUCGAAUCGGUAUCGAAUUCGAUGAGUUAUUACCCGAUGGACUUUACGAAACAACCGAAAAAUGUUUAGUUUUGCGUUGAAAAAGAACAAAAGACAGUGGCGUUUUUUUGGAGGUACGAGCACUCCUUUAACUAAUCAUUAUGUAAAUGAUGCAAAUUAUUACGAUAUCUCAGGCAAUAAUGAUAAUUCGGAUCCCCUGGAGAAAUUUUACUUAAUUACCGAACAAAGGUGGCACACAGAUUCUGUGCUGCCUAUUCCUUUAUUGCCAUCUACAGAGGGAAUGUCUGCUCGAUCUCAUCACAGGAUCCCACAGUCCAUAACGGGACUGGAUGAUGCUGUUAUGGAUUUGCAAGCAGCUCAACUUAGUACCCGUACAGGACAGGAGGUACAUUCCACUGCGACUUUAUCAUGGCUAGACUGGCAAUUGCCCCUGUUCGUAGCACUUUGCGCCAUCGCUGGCGCUAUUCUCUUUACAUUUCUGGUUUUGUUAUGGCUGAGGAAACAAAUGUCGCGUGAAAAGGAUACAGAAGAUGGUGAUAGGAGAGGUUUGGUAGAGGAAGGUGCUGUAUGUCCACCUGAGAAACCUGCUAAAGCUACAAAAGGAUCAAUUGAAUGGGUUCAUCAACCAACAGCAAAGUCAUCUAUUCAAUCUGUUCAAUCUGUCAAAUCAGUCACUCAAGCUACUGGCUUACCAGAGGUAAUGUCAGUAGUAACACCGGAACACAGACCUGAACCAAUACGUAUAAAACCUAAAGGAUUAUUGGAACGCCGUGGUUCAAGUGCAAGCUUAACUAUAGAACUAGCACCUCCUCCUGAAAGUCCACCACAUAUAGUUACACCUACUCGUGAAUGUACUGCAGAGGAAUUUUUGUUGAGUGCUGGAAAUGUUCUUUCAAGAGCACAGCUUAAAAAAGCUAUUAGUGAUCCAGCAUCACUGCACAAAGAAUUUUGGGAAGUUCCACUUAAUUUACCUGAAGAACUAGAUAUUUGUGGAUCUAAAGUGAAGAAUCGAUACUGUUCUGUGUUACCAAAUCCGCAGUCAAGAGUGGUUUUACCGGGUUCUUCUGAUGAUCCCCUUUCUGGUUAUAUUAACGCCAAUUAUAUACGUGGAUACGACGGAGAAGAUGCUCGUUACAUUGCAACACAGGGACCAUUGGCUCACACAGUAGCUGACUUUUGGAAAAUGGUGUGGGCAGACAAAGUCUCUGUAGUUGUUAUGAUGACAAAGUUGCAUGAAGCAGCCAAAACAAAAUGUGAAGCAUACUUUCCACUGGACAAAAACAGUCGUAUACAGGCGGAAAAUUUUACUAUUAUUGCAAAUUCUAUUGAUUCAAGGGAUGGUUAUAUAGUCAGAGAUUUAGAGAUUAGAUACGAAGGAGAAAGAAGACAUGUGCAGCAUUACUGGUAUGAUUCAUGGCCGGACCAUGCAGUACCUCAAGCUGCAGAUACUCUUGUAAGCUUAGCUGCUGAAGUAAAUUCUCUACCAGGGCCAGUCGUUGUUCAUUGUAGUGCAGGAAUUGGACGAACUGGGUGUUUCAUAGCUUUAGCUACGGGUAUGACACAGUUAUUACGAGAUGGAAACGUAGACGUACUGGGUAUACUAUGCCAAAUGAGAUAUGAUAGAGGAGGCAUGGUUCAAACAGCAGAGCAAUACGAAUUUGUUCAUCGUGCACUUUGUUUGUAUGAACAAACACUUGAUGGUGGUAAAUCGUCGACUUCGGGAGAAUGAAGUAACCGAGAUAACUGAAUUAAAUGACAUUUACUGAAAGAAAAAUUCUUCUGAGAAUUACUACAAAGAGGUUUCUAAAACGACUACUGGAUAUUGUCUGCAACAUAUUGCUAUGUCCAGAUCUAAAUAUAUCUGCGGUGAAGGAAAUUCUGUGAGGAGGAAUCUUAGUUCCAAUUCGAGACCGGUGGAUAUCUCAACUGUUUUCACCUAUUCAAGAUGAGUUCUAUCUCAUUGAAAAAGCUGCCAUUUCUAUACUGCCAUGACGAAUUGUUGACAAUUAAUAUCAAGUCAGAAAGCUCAAGACAAAGGCAAAUGGUUUAUUGACUCAUGCUCUAAGGAACACAUUCUUGAACGGAAUUAAAACUGUUUGGCAAAUGAAUAAGAAUAUUUCAAUUUAACUCGUGAAAUAAAAGAUUGCGGUUUGUUACCGUCGAUUCAGGUUUUUACGUAUUCACUGUGUGUUUCGUGUUAAUUCGUUACAAAAAAUUGCGGUUAUUCUUAGUCUUGAACUUUCUAUGGUACGAGCAGUUUCUUCCUAGCUUUCCAGUGCAGCAAAUUGUUGUACAAUUAAAUUCAGCUGCCCAAUAUACACAAUUACUGAUAACAAUGUUAAUGGAAAUAUUCUAUUGAAACCAUCAAAUCAUAAUUACAGAAAGGCAGAUUUUAUUUGUUACUAAAUUGGGACCCAGAUCAAUUAAAUAUUUUUAUCCUAUUUGUAGUUCCUAGUUAAUUUUACAGUUCGACGUAUACAAUGAUUUCCAUGACUUUUAUUUAAUUUAUCAACAAAGACUGAAUGCAGGUAGUACAAUACGUUUAUUAUAUAAGUUAUAAAUCUAACUAGACAUAAUAUGCUGUAACAAACUGAAAUUUAUGACGCGCAUAAUGUUCAUAAGAAACGUAGUUACACUUAAAAAAAUUGUAAUUCAGAGUAGUAAAUUGUAGGUUGGGUUUGUUAAUCUAAACUUUCAUGAAAAUUUUAGUAAUCCUUGCAGUAGUGAACCAAAUAUUGCAUAUAAAAUUAAUUAUUUAUUCUAUUCGCUAUUUCCAGCAUUAAAUAAUCUAUAAAAGAAACUGAUACAAUCACACAAAUACAAAAUGAAAUGAGCUGCAGCUUUUUUACAAAUGACUGUUUUGUUCGUUUGUUUAUUUAUAUAUAUAUUGAAUUUGUUGACAAAAAUGACAAAGUAAGAAUUGAUUAACAUCUCAUAGUAUAAAAUUUCAUGACUCGAACAAAUGUAUUUUACUCAAUUAUAGAUUUCAACAUCAUAAAAUACCAAAGCUGUUAUUAGUGUUUCCUGAAUAUUGCAUACCGAGACAAAAUAUAUUACAAAGUCUGUAAAAUUUAUGAUCCUGUAACUUUGAUUAAGUUCUUACAAUUGUUUUUUGUUAAUUUCAAUUUGAUCUAUUGUUUUAUCAAAUUGUGUGAUUUAAUUUAAUAACUAUUGUAAACAGGCUUGAGAAUUGUUUGUAUGGGUGUGUUAGAGUGAAGCCUGUAAUUGUUUCAGAUGUAAUUAGUCUAUUCACCUUCAUAACAUGAUUAGUUAAUCGUGUUAUAAAACCUUUCAUCAGAUUAUUGAUAUAAUGCCUCAGAAUUUUUCUGUCUUGUAUGUGAAUGUAAGAAUGUGAAUUUUGAGUGAAAGUUUGUGAUAUGUAUACAUAUACAUUUGUACAUAUGUUGUACAGAGAGCAAAUUAUAUUUAAGAAAUUAUGUAUUUGUGUAAGAAAGUCAAGAGUAAAUUAUUUAUGAAUAUAUAAAGUGACUUUAAUGUAAACGUAUUAACGUAACAAUAACAACAAUAAUAAUAAUUUAGAAGCCCUUUGGUGUUCAAUUGUACUUAUGUGACGUAAUAAAUGUUUAUAGUAUCCA